AUGCGCCCCACCGAGCCCUGGAGCCCCAGCCCGGAGACGGCGUCCUGGGACUACUCAGGGUCGGGCGCCCCGGAGGAGCUGGCGCUGGAGGAGGAGCUGUGCGCGGCCCGGGACCUGCCCUACGGCUACGCCUACAUCCCCGCGCUUUACCUGGCGGCCUUCGCCGUGGGCCUGCCGGGCAACGCCUUCGUGCUGUGGCUGCUGGUCGGGCGGCGCGGCCCGCGGCGGCUCGUGGACACCUUCGUGCAGCACCUGGCGGUCGCCGACCUGGGCUUCGUGCUCACGCUGCCGCUGUGGGCCGCGGCGGCGGCGCGGGAUGGCCUCUGGCCCUUCGGCGAGGGCCUGUGCAAGCUCAGCAGCUUCGCCAUAGCCGGCACGCGCUGCGCGGGAGCCCUGCUGCUCGCCGGCCUCAGCGUGGACCGCUACCUGGCCGUGGGCCGCCCGCUGGCCGCGCGCGCCCGCUGCACCCGGCGCUGCGCGCUGGCCGUGUGCGCGGGUGUGUGGGCCACGGCGCUGGCGGCCGGCCUGCCCUCGCUGGCCUUCCGCCGCCUGCGGCCGCUCCCCGGGGGCCGCGGCAGCCAGUGCGCCGAGGAGCCGUCCGACGCCUUCCAGGUCCUGAGCCUGCUGUCGCUGCUGCUGACCCUGGCGCUGCCCCUGGCCGUCACCGUCGUCUGCUACUGCCGCGUGUCGCGCCGCCUGCGCGGGCCGGCGCACCUGGGCCGCGCCCGGAGCCGCUCGCUGCGCAUCAUCUUCGCCGUCGAGGGCGCCUUCGUGGGCUCCUGGCUGCCCUUCUGCGCGCUGCGCGCCGUCUUCCACCUGGCGAGCCUGCGCGCGCUGCCGCUGCCCUGCCGCCUGCUGCUGGCGCUGCGCUGGGGCCUCUCCGUCGCCACCUGCCUGGCCUUCGUCAACAGCUGCGCCAACCCGCUCAUCUACCUGCUGCUCGACCGCUCGUUCCGCGCGCAGCUGCGGCGGCGCGGGGCCUGCUGGCGCGCGGAGCGCGCGGCGCGCGGGGGCAGCUCGGCGUCCUCGCUCUCCCAGGACUACGGCUCCCCGUUCCGGAGCCCGGCCCGCGGUGCGGGCCGAGCCCAGACGACGAACGCCUCCUCGGCCGUGGGCCCAUAG